UCCAAAUUCGGUAAUUAUUAAUCUCAAAAGGGGAGAUAGACACAUUACCGCUCAGGAUGAAGAUAACAAAGUGUUCGAUGAAGAAACAUAAUAGUAUCAGUAUACCGGCGAAUAAGCAAGUGUUAGGACGUGAGGACGUGACAAAAAUGGCUCGAGUGCUGACAGUCCUGGCUGUGGUAGCCAUUGGCGUUGGGAUAUGGUAUGCUUGUCCAUGUCAAGACUCGCCACAAGCACCAAAACUGGAUUUAGAAGAAUGGUGGGGCCCUAAUGAGCUGAAGGGGAAGACUGAUAGCAGUGUACGACCAUUCCAGAUCAAAUUUGAUGAUGCGCUAGUACAAGACCUGAAGUCUCGUCUCAAGAACCACCGCCCUUUCACUCCACCUCUUGAAGGUAUUGGCUUCGAAUACGGCUUCAACGGCAAAACUUUGGAAACCUGGGUCAAGUACUGGGCUGAUCAGUACCCUUUCAGUGAACGGGAGAAGUUCUUGAACCAGUUCCCUCAGUACAAGACUAAUAUCCAGGGUUUGGACAUCCAUUUCAUCAGGGUUAAAACUCAGGUCCCUCAAGGAGUGCAAGUGGUACCUCUCCUACUCAUGCAUGGUUGGCCAGGCUCUGUGAGGGAGUUCUACGAAGCAAUCCCACUUCUGACAAAGCAGAGAGAAGGUUACGACUUCGUGUUUGAAGUCAUUGUUCCCAGUAUACCUGGAUAUGGAUUCUCUGAUGGUGCUGUUCGUCCAGGACUGGCCGCUCCACAAGCAGCGGUCAUCUUCCGCAACCUGAUGCAUAGACUUGGCUUCAAGAAAUUCUACAUCCAGGGAGGAGAUUGGGGUGCAUUAAUCGCCUCAUGUCUCGCCACGUUGUUCCCUGACGAGAUAUUGGGACAUCAUAGCAACGCUGCUAUUGUUCAGACCAGCGGAAAUAUGUUGAAACAUAUCCUGGGAUCAUUCAUGCCUUCGUUAGUAGUGGAAUCCAAUCUGAUGGACCGCAUGUAUCCUCUGUCGAAGUACUUCAGCUUCCUCCUUGAAGAGAUGGGAUAUAUGCACUUGCAAGCCACCAAGCCAGAUACUGUUGGCACGUCCAUAAACGACUCCCCGGCUGGUCUCCUCGCUUAUGUAUUGGAGAAAUUCUCGACUUGGACCAGAGAAGAACACAGGUCCAAACUGGAUGGAGGUCUAGAAUUCCGCUUCACCAAGGAUCAGCUGAUUGACAAUCUCAUGAUAUACUGGACCUCUAAGUCUAUGACCACUUCUAUGAGGUUUUACGCUGAGAAUAUGAGCAAGAAGACUUUUGCGUUGAAAAUUGAUGAAGUCAAGACUCCCGUACCAACGUGGGCCCUGCAAGCCAAACAUGAAAUCAUGUACAAUCCACCAAGCUUUCUCAAAGUUAAAUACAUGAACUUGAUCAACACGACUGUGCUUGAUGAUGGCGGACAUUUCUUUGCACUCGAGCUUCCGAAAGUUUUCGCGGACGACGUGUUCAAAGCUGUGAAAGCUUUCAGAGAAUGGCACGCGAAAAGGAAAUCUGAGCUGUGAUGUGGUUUAGGUUAAGUUUUGUUUAUAAAAUUUUGUUAUAUU